AUGCUGUUUAUCAGAAGAUUGCUUUAGGGUUUUAACUAAUCAAGAUAAUUUGAAUAGUCACAUAACUCAUAAGAUCGUUACCUCAUAAUAAAUUAUUGAAGCUUACAAAGUAUCAUAUUCAAUAAUUAUUGAAUUAAGAGUAAAGCUUGUUAGAAGAAUUAGCUGAUGGUAUGUAUUUGGAAUUUUUGGAAUAACAAAGUCAUAAGCAAUAGAAUAUGAAAUAGUUCAUCAAAACACUGACCACUGAAAUUUAGGAAUUUUAGUAAAAUGUUAUUUAACAGACAAAAUUAUUAAUCGAUCAUUUAAAUUCUAUCGAUGUAGGCCAAUUAGUUGAUUAGGAAAUAAUUUAAAAUUAUUAAAACAUUCUAAAUCGGUCGUUAGAUUGCAACAAUGUUAAUCAAUUAAUAAAAAUAGUGUAACCUCAGCACUCUUUCAAUGAAAAACAGUUAAAGGAUGGUAAUAAUGACAUCUAAGGAUUCGGAACAAGUCUGAAUAUCAAUAUUCAAAAUAAAAUUAAGAUUAUGAAACCCAAAAGUUUCUAUAAAGACAUUUAGGAGAAAUGCUAAAUGCAAGGAUAACGAAUCAAAUUCAUCCAAUCAAAACUUGAAGAAUUAAAUGUAGAUCUCACAUAUAAGCUGAAUCAAUGGACGAAAACUGUCGAGUCCUUAUUUUCAUUUUAAUAAAUCUCAUAAUUUACAUUAAUACCCUAAACUAAGUCUAAAGUCAUAAAGUCGGCUGCUGUGGCUAAAAUAGAGUUGCAUAACCUAUGUAAAGUAUGAUAAUAUGAUUUAUAAUUCAGGAUACUUUAAUUUAUGCACAAUAGAAUCAAAUUCACCUUUUUGACAUUGACACUAUGAAAAUGAGUCAUUCAGUAAAAUUUAAUCAAUCCAUUGUUGAUUACACAGUAGACUCAGAGAAACUUCUAAUUGCAAUAAUGAUUGGCAUAGAUUUGUUACUCUACAAUCUUAUUUCUUUGAAAAAGAUUAGACAUUUCAAAAUAACUAUAGACACAUCUAAAGGAGUUGCUUUGAAAUUCUUUGAGGUAUUUCUUUUAAUAUUUAGUUUAGAAUUAAAUCUGUGUUAGCUCUGGGGUUUCCCUAUAAUUUUUUCCUCUUUUUCCUUCGUCAUCCAUGCCGUAGUUUAAUCAAUCUCUAAAUUUUCAUUCCUAUUGGGAUAAAAUUAAGGUCUUGGAGUAUUGUGUUAUAAAUAAAUUUGGUGUUUAAGAAAUGCUUCUUAUUUUGGGGACGACAAGUGGAUUAAUUUCACUAUUUAGUUCAAAUUUCAAAGAAUUAUUUUCAAAGCAAUUUCAUCAAGGUCCAAUUAAUUAAUUUAGAUACCAAUAAUCAAAAAAAUAUGGUAAAGUUUUGUUGUCAAUUGGGGAUGAUUUAAGGGUGAAUUUAUAUCAAAUCGAGAAUACUUUUCUCAAGUGCAUUUAAAUGAUAACAUUUGAAUCUCAAAUUUUGGAUGUGUUGUUAUUCAAAAACUAUUUUUUAGUCACAACUAAAAAUUAAAAUCUGCUCGAAAUUUAUAUGAUUAAUGAAAACACGGAAUGUUAAAGGAUUGAGAUGGAUGGAGAUUUUAAAUGUGAUUGGAAGGACAGAUUAUUCAAUAUUGGUGAAAAAGUUGUUAUUGUCAAGAAUUAAAUUUACUUUUGUAAGCUUCUUUGA